AGGAAUAAUAAAAGUUAAAACAAUAGCUGCAAGAAACACCGAAAUUUUGACAGGAUAAAAACUGCAAUUAUGCAGUGGAAAUGCUCAGAGCAAGGAAACCCCCAGGAUAUGGGGACCUGUUGGAUCUCUUCCAGCACUGAAGGAAAACAGCUCUGAGGUUGUACAGCCUUUCCUGAUGGGUUGUGGAACCAAGGAACCGAAGAUCACUCAGCUCUGUCUGGCUGCCAUCCAGAGGCUCAUGUCCCAUGAAGUUGUGUCUGAGACUGCUGCUGGGAAUAUAAUUAACAUGCUUUGGCAACUCAUGGAAAAUAGUCUCGAAGAACUUAAGCUGCUCCAAACAGUUCUUGUUCUUUUAACAACCAAUACAGUAGUUCAUGAUGAGGCGCUUUCUAAGGCAAUCGUGCUUUGUUUUCGCCUGCACUUCACAAAAGAUAACAUCACAAAUAAUACAGCCGCUGCCACAGUGCGCCAGGUUGUUACUGUUGUCUUUGAGAGAAUGGUCGCCGAAGAUGAACGCCACAAAGAUAAUCCGGAACAACCAGUACUGGCCCAGGGCAACAGUAACAGGAGGUCCGUCAGCACCCUCAAACCGUGUGCGAAAGACGCGUAUAUGCUCUUCCAGGACCUUUGUCAGUUGGUUAACGCUGAUGCCCCUUACUGGCUCGUGGGCAUGACGGAAAUGACCCGGACAUUUGGUCUCGAAUUGCUGGAGUCAGUCCUCAAUGAUUUUCCACAAGUCUUUUUACAUCACCAGGAAUUUAGCUUCCUUCUCAAAGAGAGGGUGUGUCCCCUUGUGAUAAAGCUCUUUUCUCCAAAUAUAAAGUUCAGACAAGGAUCCAGCACGUCAUCUUCCCCAGCUCCAGUUGAGAAACCCUAUUUUCCUAUCUGCAUGCGUUUGCUGAGAGUAGUGUCUGUUCUGAUUAAGCAGUUUUACAGUCUUUUGGUAACUGAGUGUGAGAUAUUUCUGUCCCUUCUGGUGAAGUUUCUGGAUGCAGAUAAACCUCAGUGGCUGCGAGCCGUUGCAGUAGAAUCAAUACACAGACUGUGUGUGCAGCCUCAGCUGUUAAGGUCCUUUUGUCAGUCCUAUGAUAUGAAGCAGCAUUCCACCAAGGUUUUCCGUGACAUCGUGAAUGCACUGGGCUCUUUCAUCCAGUCCUUGUUUCUUGUCCCGCCUACUGGAAAUCCUGCUACAGCCAACCAAGCUGGAAACAAUAAUUCAGGUGUUCCAGUGUCAGCACCAGCUAACUCAGGAGUGGUGGGGAUUGGUGGAGGGGUUACUUUGCUACCAGCAUUUGAAUACAGAGGAACUUGGAUACCGAUUCUGACUGUAACAGUUCAAGGCAGUGCUAAAGCCACCUACCUAGAGAUGUUGGACAAAGUGGAGCCCCCGACUAUCCCGGAAGGCUAUGCCAUGUCCGUGGCAUUCCACUGUUUGCUGGAUCUCGUGCGCGGAAUCACUGGUAUGAUUGAAGGAGAGUUAGGAGAGGUUGACGCGGAGUGUCAUUCUACCGCUGAGGCAGCUUCUUCUCCAGCACAGUCCUCAGGACCGCAGGAUUCACAGUCACCCUCCGACGAGGCGGAUCAGGAAAUGGUCAGCAGGGCCGUGUGGGAAGAGAUGGUGAGCGCCUGUUGGUGUGGUCUUCUUGCUGCGCUCUCGCUGCUUCUUGACGCCAGCACAGAUGAGGCUGCCACUGAGAAUAUUUUAAAAGCUGAACUGACUAUGGCUGCUCUUUGUGGAAGACUGGGCCUUGUCACCUCCAGAGAUGCCUUUAUAACUGCGAUAUGUAAAGGCUCCCUGCCUCCACACUACGCUCUUACUGUACUGAAUACCACCGCCGCAGCUUCACUUUCUAACAAAUCGUAUUCUAUCCAGGGCCAGAGUGUUAUGAUGAUCAGCCCCUCCAGCGAGUCUCACCAGCAGGUUGUGGCGGUGGGCCAGCCUCUAGCAGUCCAGCCUCAGGGCACAGUAAUGCUAACUUCCAAAAAUAUCCAGUGUAUGAGGACUCUACUUAACUUGGCGCACUGUCAUGGGGCUGUCCUUGGAGCGUCAUGGCAGCUUGUCUUGGCAACUCUUCAGCAUCUUGUUUGGAUUCUGGGAUUGAAGCCUAGUAGUGGCGGUGCCUUGAAACCCGGACGAGCCGUGGAAGGACCCAGUACAGUUCUGACGACAGCCGUGAUGACAGAUCUCCCAGUGAUUUCCAAUAUACUUUCAAGGUUGUUUGAAAGCUCACAGUAUCUUGAUGAUGUGUCGUUGCAUCAUUUAAUAAAUGCACUUUGUUCCUUAUCUCUAGAAGCAAUGGAUAUGGCCUAUGGAAAUAAUAAGGAGCCAUCGCUUUUUGCUGUUGCCAAAUUGUUAGAAACUGGUCUAGUGAAUAUGCACCGAAUAGAAAUUUUAUGGCGCCCUCUAACUGGCCAUUUGCUUGAGGUCUGCCAGCAUCCAAACUCUCGCAUGAGAGAAUGGGGCGCGGAAGCUUUAACUUCGCUCAUUAAAGCAGGACUAACAUUCAGUCAUGAGCCUCCGCUUUCACAGAACCAGAGGCUGCAGUUGCUUCUGCUGAACCCACUGAAGGAGAUGUCCAGUGUUAACCACCCAGACAUGCGGCUCAAGCAGCUGGAGUGCGUGCUGCAGAUCCUGCAGAGUCAGGGAGACAGUCUUGGGCCCGGGUGGCCCUUAGUUCUUGGAGUCAUGGGAGCAAUCAGAAACGAUCAAGGAGAGCCCUUGGUGCGGACUGCAUUCCAGUGUCUCCAGUUAGUUGUUACCGAUUUUUUGCCAACAAUGCCUUGCACUUGCCUGCAGAUAGUUGUAGAUGUUGCAGGUAGCUUCGGACUUCACAACCAGGAACUUAACAUUAGUUUAACUUCAAUAGGGUUAUUGUGGAAUAUUUCAGAUUAUUUCUUCCAAAGAGGGGAAACUAUUGAAAAGGAGUUAAAUAAAGAAGAGGCAGCACAGCAAAAGCAGGCAGAAGAGAAGGGAGUGGCUCUGAACCGGCCUUUCCACCCCGCACCGCCGUUUGAUUGCUUGUGGCUGUGUCUUUAUGCAAAGCUGGGCGAGCUGUGUGUGGACCCCCGCCCUGCUGUCAGGAAGAGCGCGGGACAAACUCUGUUUUCUACAAUUGGUGCACAUGGGACUUUGUUACACCACUCAACCUGGCACACUGUUAUCUGGAAGGUUCUCUUUCAUUUAUUGGACCGAGUUCGAGAAUCUUCUACCACUGCAGAUAAAGAAAAGAUUGAAUCUGGAGGUGGCAAUAUUCUUAUUCAUCAUUCAAGGGACACAGCAGAGAAGCAGUGGGCUGAGACCUGGGUGUUAACAUUGGCUGGAGUGGCCCGAAUCUUCAAUACUAGAAGAUACUUACUGCAGCCUUUAGGAGAUUUCUCAAGCGCUUGGGACGUUCUUCUUGACCACAUACAGUCGGCAGCACUCAGCAGAAACAAUGAAGUAUCUCUUGCUGCUCUGAAAAGCUUCCAGGAAAUUUUACAGAUUGUGUCCCCCGCCAGAGACUCAGAUAAGCCGGAAACACCUCCUGUAGUUAACGUCCCUGUGCCUGUCCUUAUAGGUCCCAUGUCAGGCCCUGGCCUGAGCAGGCCAUUUGUAAGAACAGAUUCCAUUGGAGAAAGACUGGGAAGAUACGGUAGCUCUGAGCCACCCGUGGUUACCGAUGAGCUGGAAGAUUUGAAUCUCUGGUGGGCUGCAUGGAAUACCUGGUACAGAAUUGGCUCCGAAAGCACUAAGCCUCCUGCCACUUUCGAUAAACUAACCUUUAUUCCUAGCCAGCCCUUUCUUACAGCUUUAAUUCAGAUAUUUCCCGCCCUCUACCAGCACAUAAAGGCUGGCUUCAGCAUGGAUGACUUGCAGAAGCUGGGGGUCAUUCUGCACAGCGCGGUUUCGGUCCCAAUAAGUUCAGACGCGUCCCCUUUCAUCCUCCCAUCCUACACCGAGGCUGUUCUGACGAGCUUACAGGAGGCGGUGCUUACAGCUUUGGAUGUUCUCCAAAAGGCCAUCUGUGUAGGACCAGAAAACAUGCAGAUAAUGUACCCAGCUAUAUUUGACCAACUGUUGGCAUUUGUAGAAUUUUCCUGUAAACCUCCACAGUAUGGACAACUAGAAACAAAGCACAUCGCAAAUGCAAAAUACAAUCAGAUCCAACUAUUUGCACCGGCAGAAUGGGUAGCCUUGAAUUAUGUACCAUUUGCUGAAAAGUCUUUAGAAGUAGUUGUGGAUUUAUACCAGAAAACAGCCUGUCAUAAAGCAGUGGUGAAUGAGAGCGUUCUCCAGAAUAUUAUUAAGACUCUUAGGGUCCCUCUCAGUUUGAAGUACUCCUGCCCUUCUGAAAGCACAUGGAAACUCGCAGUGUCUUCCCUCCUCAAAGUUCUGUCUAUCGGGCUCCCUGUUGCCCGGCAGCACGCGUCUUCCGGAAAAUUUGACAGCAUGUGGCCGGAACUAGCCAGCACUUUCGAAGACUUUCUCUUUACUAAAAGCAUACCUCCAGAUAAUCUCUCUAUUCAAGAGUUUCAAAGAAAUGAAAGUAUUGAUGUUGAGGUAGUUCAGCUGAUCAGCACUGAGAUUCUACCUUACGCCAACUUUAUUCCUAAGGAGUUUGUCGGUCAGAUAAUGACGAUGCUUAACAAGGGCUCCAUACACUCUCAGUCCUCCUCAUUCACAGAAGCAGAGAUUGAUAUUCGUUUGAGAGAAGAAUUUUCUAAAAUGUGCUUUGAAACAUUGCUUCAGUUUUCCUUCAGUAAUAAGGUCACAACACCUCAAGAAGGCUACAUCUCACGCAUGGCACUCUCGGUGCUUUUAAAGAGGUCUCAGGAUGUUCUGCAUCGCUAUAUAGAGGAUGAAAGAUUGAGUGGCAAAUGUCCUCUUCCAAGGCAACAAGUAACAGAAAUUAUAUUUGUUUUAAAAGCGGUCAGCACGCUCAUUGAUUCGCUUAAGAAAACUCAGCCAGAGAAUGUUGACGGGAACACCUGGGCACAGGUGAUUGCCUUAUACCCAACUUUAGUGGAGUGCAUCAGCUGCUCGUCCUCGGAAGUCUGCUCGGCGCUGAAAGAGGCGCUGGUUCCCUUCAAGGAUUUCAUGCAUCCGCCAGCGUCCAAAGUCCAAAAUGGAGAAUCCUGACGAGCUGCCUUUGAAUAUUUGAAGGGAGAGAGCUACGGGACCCCCUCAAGAAUGCUCCCGCGUCUGCUGUGAGAAGGACGUUUCCUACCACAAAACAGUCUUGGCAGCUGUUGCCACCUGUCAGUUGUCAUGACCUGGGUUCAGGACUUCAUAUUUAUAAGUUUGCACAGCAGCAAAGGCUUCUGAAUGAGUAGCCCUGCGAGUCCUUGAUGAGUUACACUGGUGGGAGGGAGAGUUCUACCACGGCGUAGCCGCUGCUGUAUCUUUAACUGGUGAUUCAGAAGUGAGCUUAUGUACAGUUUGUGGUGUAUGUGUUAAUGAUGUACUUUUUAAAAUGAAAGAAAAGAGAUUUCAAUUCUGAUUUAUUAGGCUGGUAUUUUUGCACCCUUUUUCAGUGCAAAAUUGUACUAAAAUUUUAUGCAAGAUGGUACUGUAACAUUCCAUAUUGUCUCCAACCAGCCUUCCUAAACAAAGGGAACUGAUACACCUGUGUGUAUAAUAAACAGUACAGUUCUGUAUAAAAUAGUUGCAUUUAUUGUUUAAAUUUUUAAAAUAUUGAUAAUGUUAAAUGCUUGAAGCUGUAUUUAUUAUUAAUACAAAAUUGCUUGGUUACAUUUUUUACUUAUAAUUUGCCUUCUUAUGUGCAGGUUAGCUGACCAUGUAAUCAGUUACUUUCCUGCUUAUUUUAAUUGUCAUCAGUGAUCAUUAAACAUUGGACCAGAAAGGUCAUGUGAACACAGCAGCAGAUAGUUUAUAAUUUGCUAAUUUUUGAAUCUAACUUGGAAAUAUGAGUUACUAGCUGAGUACAUUGAAACAUAUUGUAGCACUGACUCCACCAUACCUCAUUUCUUUGAAUAUCUCUUCCAGCUUUCGCUUCAGUCUGUUUUUAUAUUUACUGUCUGAAUUUUGAAGACUUUUCGUAUUUUAUAUUUCUACUGAUUUUUUUCCUUGUGAACUUGUCAUUGUCUUUGACUUAUAACCCAGGCAAGAUGAUUUCAGAUGUCCUAAAAUUUCACCUGUGAGGUUUCUUUGAUUUCUGUGCUUCAUUUUGUAAUGCCUUCUCAAGAAGAAAAAUAACUACACUGUCCCACAAGUGUAAAGGUGUGUGUGUGUGUGUGUGUGUGUGUACAUAUGUAUGUAUGUAUGUUUAAAAAAAUGACAGGUGUACCUUUGGAGAUACUCGAGCAUUUAGAAGUGCAGUAAGCCUGCUGUCAUGGAGUAAAAUGCUAAUUUUGUUUCACUUUCCUAUUUGAGUGGAGAAGAAAUGUGCUAUUGAGUGUAUUAACUUGUUUCUUUAAAAGAACUGACAUUGAUCUAGCUGACUAUAUUUUCUAUUUAAUGGAUUGUGCUAUUAUAUUUUUCUUCUCAGUUAAAUUUUCGUAUCACUUAUGUGGAGACAUGAAGAUGUUUAAAACAUUGAUUUUUUUUUUUUCCUAAGAAAUCAUAAUGGCAUUGAUAUUAUUUUAAUGUGUUAGAGGGCUUCUGAUUUUAAUAGUAUUUAUAAAUUUCAGCCUCUUCAGAAUAAUCAUAAAAUUAUAAGAAGCUAUUAAAAUUGAGUAACAAA